AUGGAGUCCUGGCGCACGUAUAAAGACCCGUCCGACGGCGAAACGGACGACGACCUGGCCGCGGUCGCGGACGCGCGCCCGGACGAGCGGUUCGCGGUUAUGUGCGACAACCUGACAUUCACAGUUCUCACGCGCGGCGGCUUCGUGUUCGUCGUUGUCGCCGACGAGGCGUGCGCGGGCCGCGGCAUCCCCGGCGUGUGCGCGCAGCGCGUGAGCGACGCGUGGAUGGAGCGGCUGGGGGAGGUCGGGCUGCACGCCAAGCCUGCGGUGCUGCAGCGCGCGUUCGGCGGUAUCCUGAAGCGCGAGCUCGCCUACUGCGAGUCCCACGCCGGCGAGCUCAGCCGCGUGGCUGCCGUGCAGAACAAGGUGGACGAGGUCAAGGGCAUCCUCAUAGCCAACGUGGAGAACCUGCAUUGA